AGAUUUCCUCUUUGUCCCUUUGAUCGUCUGUCUCUCUGGUCUUUGUCUCAUUACUGUGACUUUAUUUCUGAACGGCGCAAAAAAGGCUAGCCCAAAGCAAAUCACACAUCGGUCGAUAUCUGAUCAAUUGCCAAAAGCCUUUCAUACCUGCUCUAACCAUUCAACAGAAAUUACAUACAUAACUUGGAAACAUAACUACCUAGGAAACCACCACAUUCCUUCCGGAUUGCGGUACCACAGCUAAACAAACAAGAAAUCUAAGAGCAAACAACCAAGUGUUGGCAUGUCGUUACGACCUCUACGAGGCGGCUGCCAGUGUGGCAGGAACACAUACACCGUCAACCUCCCGGAAAACGCCUCUGAACUAGCCCAAGUUCUUUUUGACGCGGAUCCAAGACAUAGAAUCUUCCAAGCCAGCCCGCUAGCUGCGUUUCUCCGGGUACCGCUGUCGUGGUACCAGAGCAGCACCUUUCCAUUCUUCGACGACGAGCGCAGCGCCGCCAUCCGCCGGACCUAUACGCACCCGGCCCAGCAGGCGUCCAAACGCAACUUUUGCGGCUUCUGCGGCACACCGCUGUCGUACUGGUCCGAGGACCCGCCCAGCGAGGCAGACUUCAUCCGCCUGACGCUGGGUAGCCUGUGCCACGAGGACCUUGGUGAUCUCGAGGAGCUCGGCCUGGUUCCGGGUUCGGACGAUGAGUCGUCAGAAGGAGGGGCCGCCACCGAGCACAAGGAGGAUGUCCAGGGUGAGAUGGAGGAGAAUGUGGAUGCGGACAGGGGCAAGUCCAACAACAGGAACAAUACCGACAACGGGCUAGUCCCUCGGGAGACAUUUGGAAUUCCCUGGUUCGACAGCAUGCUUGCCGGGAGCAGACUGAGCAGACUGCGGACGAGCAGGAUUAGCGGCCAGACCCAGAGUGGCUCGGUCAAGUACGAGUGGGAGGUGGUGGAGUGGUCGAGCGGCGACGGAAAUAGAGGACCCGGAUCUGGCCUUCCAAGCCCAUCGAAGCGGCAAAAGCAGGAUAUUGAAGAGUCAGUGCCGUUGCGGCAGUAAACAGUAGUCAUUGGUUGAAGAAGUAGCUUUGGGUGGAUUGAAAUCCGAAGGGGAAAAAAAGACCCUGGAUGGACCGGACUGUGCGCUGCUCAUACCUUCCACAGAAAAUCUAGAGCUCUGUCUAGAACUAGACUUGUUUGUUGAAAGCGUUUCACUUUCGGCAACUAUUUUGACUGUUCCGUCUCGGGUCUUUUUUGUUUCUUGUCUUUGUCUUAAGCUGCGGA